AUGCGCAAUAUACCAAAAAUUACCGAGGCCCAUGUUUACAAGGAUAAAAUUAAGAAGAUGAAAGUGUCUCCGGCGGCUCAAAUAUUUUCACAUAAUGUUGCAUCAACCAUGAGACUGAUGUGUGACAUGGGUCCAGAUAAUAUUAAAUUGGGUCGAAAAGCUGUUGGCACUGCAGACUUUUGUUUAUUUAUGGAUAUUCUCUUUGACUCUGUAAAUGCCAGUUCAGUCCGUGCAAUGAAAGGAAAGGAUCUCCGUUCCACUGUCACAGCUAAUUCAAAACAUAUUUCAUUUUGGAACGAGGCAAUAGCAGUUUUUAACUCUAUGACGUUUGUAGAUAAUAAAGGUAAAAUAUCUAAACCCCCUUGUAUUAAGAACUGGAUAACAACUUUAAAAGGAAUGAAAAGUUUAUGGUUUAAAUUAAACAAGGAAGGCUUUAAAUACCUUAUAACCCGUAACAUAAACCAAGACCCACUUGAGUGUUUAUUUGGGCAAUUUAGGCAACUUUCUGGUCGAAACAUUAACCCUGAUUGUUACCACUUUGUAAAUUCAUUUAAAACUCUGCUUCUUAAUAAUUUUUCAUCCAUAAAAUCUAGAGAAACUAAUUGUCAGCAUAAUGAAAUUGAUACAUUAAGUAAUUUAAAAUUAUUCCUCACAAGUAACAACAUUAAUGAAGCAGAAGUUCCUAUUAAAAUAAAUUUUCUUGACACAAAUUUAAUAAAAAAUGUUAAUAAAACAAAUGAUGUUAGUGACAUGACAGUCAGUUAUAUUGCAGGAUUUUUAAUGAAAAAAAACCUAUCAUGGAUACUUCAAUGUGAUACAUGUAAAUUUGAGCUAAGGAGUGAAAACAUUACAAAUCCAUUAAUAAAGAUCAGACAAUAUGAUAAUGUGAAAUAUGGAUUAUGUAAUCCAUCUACUAAUUUAUUUCAUUUUAUUAAAGAAGUACUUAAAAUUUGUUCAUGUUGCAUUAAUGAUAUAUAUCAUGAACGUAAUCUGUCCAAACAAUUAAUUUUAAUUAUUGAGAUGAACUUAGAAUUCACAUUUACAUGUCCAGAUCAUAAAAUUAAGGAUAUACUUAUUAAAAAAACUGUACAUAUGUUUCUUUUCACUUAUUUUAAAAACAUCAACCGUAUUUUAAGAGGUCUUGAUACAAAACAAAAAAAUAAUAACGAUAACAUUAAAAAUAUGGCAUUUUCAUAUUACAAUACUCAUUCCAAAAGAUAUAAACAAAAAACCAAUAGUCUUAAUAAAUUUUAA